GCACCUAGACACACAGACACUUCACCCAUCUCUUCUGGGGAACAACUUCAUCUCAUUUCACUCUGGCUGGGGAAAAUUAUGCCACAUUUACAAUGACACACAUUUCACUGGCUGUACUUUUGUGUCUCAUCCACACCUUUCGCUGCACUGUUCAGACAGACAGCAGCUCCUUCCUGAUCUACAAUGAGGACCACAACAAGUGUGCCAACGUUGUGAGCGCCACGGCUGUGGAGGUGGCCACCUGCGACCCCACGGCUGACUCGCAGAAGUUCCGCUGGGUGUCAAAGAGCCACGUCAUCAGCAUCUCGCUCAAGCUGUGCCUCGGUGUCACCACCAUUAAGGACUGGGUGAAGGUGCUGCCCUUCCCCUGUGACAUGAAGAGCGAGCACCAGGAGUGGGAGUGCAAGAACGAGACACUCUUUGGCAUCAAGGGCAACACCCUGUACUUAAACUACGGCAACCGGCAGGAGACGAACAUCAUGCUGUACAAGGGCUCCGGGUCCUGGAGUCGAUGGAGAAUGUAUGGUACCAAGGGCGACCUCUGCUCACAGGGAUACGAAGAGGUGUUUACAAUUGGAGGCAAUGGAAUGGGAACGCCCUGCAUGUUCCCAUUCAAGUUCCAGGAGAAAUGGUAUGCAGAAUGCACCAAGGAAGGCAGAUCUGAUGGACUUCUGUGGUGCGGAACAGACACAGACUACGACAAAGACAAAAAGUGGGGCUUCUGUCCAACAAAAUCAACGGGCGGCUGGGACACUGACCCGGUGUCUCAAGUCCUUUACCAGAGAAACACCCAAUCUCUCCUCACCUGGCACCAAGCCAGAAAGAGCUGCCAGCAGCAAGAAGCAGACCUGUUGAGCAUCAUGGAGCUCCACGAACAGACAUACAUGUCAGGGUUAACAAAUUCUUUGGGAUCACCACUGUGGGUUGGACUGAACAGCCUGGACUUUGAUAGUGGAUGGCAGUGGAGUAACGGUAAUCCUUUCCGAUACCUCAACUGGGCCCCAGGGCAUCCAUCUACUGAACCUGGGCUGAACUGUGCAGUACUGAACCCUGGGAAAUCCUCAAAGUGGGAAAGCAGUACUUGCUCAAAAAAGCUGGGAUACAUCUGCCGCAAAGGAAACUCCACCAGCAGUAAUCCUGUUAUUUUGGGGAAUGACCAGCCCAACUACUGCCCUAGCAACUGGGUGCCGUAUGCAGGCCACUGUUACUUCCUUCAGCGCACAAAAAAGAUUUGGAGUGAUGCUCUUUCUGCAUGCCAUAAGGAAGGGGGUGACUUGGCCAGCAUCCACAACAUUGAAGAGCAGAGUUUUGUUAUUUCACAGCUGGGAUACUUGCCAACUGACGAGCUGUGGAUUGGACUGAAUGACCAGAGGAAUCAGAUGCUGUUUGAGUGGAGCGACCGGUCCCACGUCACCUUCACAAAAUGGCAGCCAGGAGAGCCCACUCACGCCACCAACAUGCAGGAGGACUGUGUCCUCAUACGGGGAAAGGAGGGGAAGUGGGCCGAUAGCAUGUGUGAAAAAGAACAUGGCUACGUCUGUAAAAAGAAAGCCUCCAUUAGGCCAGCUGGUGCCCCUGAGGAAGUGAGCCCAGGGUGCAAAGCGGGCUGGGUCAGAUAUGAAUCAUACUGCUACUUCAUCGGCGCUGAAACAAAAACUUUUGAUGAGGCUGUACAGACAUGCCAGGGCUCUGAGUCAUACUUAGUCGAUGUGUCAAGCAGAUAUGAGAAUGCCUUCCUCGUCAGCUUAGUUGGGCUCAGGCCAGAGAAGUACUUCUGGAUUGGGCUUUCUAACACAGCGGACCGUGACACCUUUGUAUGGACCAACACGAAGACCGUCAGGUUCACUCACUUCAACGUGGGCAUGCCAGACAGAAGACAGGGCUGCGUUGCCAUGACAACUGGGACAUUUGCCGGAUUAUGGGAUGUGGUCAGCUGCACCAGCCAACAGAAGUACCUCUGCAAAUAUAUGGCAGAGGGGGUGACAUCCACGAAAGCCCCAAUGACCACGCCAUCCCUCAGCUGCCCCCCAGACUGGCGGCCCCUCUCAAGCAGGAAUAUGUGUUUUAAGAUUUACAAAAAAGCACUGAAGAACAGAAAGACAUGGUUUGAAGCUCGGGACUUCUGUAGAGCUAUUGGAGGAGACCUGCUCAGUAUUCACAGUGAGGGUGACCUGACCGGUGGGUACAUGUCCUCUAUUGAAAAUGCAUGGUUCGGUCUGAAUUCUCUGGAUCCCAAUGCUGGCUUUGUGUUUAGUGAUGGAACCUCUGUCUCUUAUGAAAACUGGGGCUAUGGUGAACCAAACAACUACAAUGAAGCUGAGCUCUGUGGCGAAGUGCUCUUUUACUAUAGGAGACCAUGGAAUGACCGCCACUGUGAAUCCUACAACAACUGGAUAUGCCAAAUCCGCAGAGGAGUAGCACUCAAGCCUGCUCCAACUGGCAUUGUGCUAGAGUACAAUAAGACAUCAGAUGGCUGGAUUGAAUAUAACGAUACACAGUAUUAUAUUAAUUCUCAGAGGCUUGCUAUGGAUGAUGCCAGAGCAUACUGUCAGAAGUACCUUGGUGAUCUUGUGGUCAUAAGUGGUGAAAGUGAGAGGAUGUUUCUAUGGAAACAGAUAUCCAGAGGUUAUGAGGAUCAGUACUACAUUGGCAUGGCAGUUGGUCUUGAUAAAUCAUUUCAGUGGAUGGAUGGCUCUCCUGUGUCAUACGUAGCUUGGGAACAGAAUGAACCAAACUUUGCCAACAAUGAUGAAAACUGUGUGACGAUGUACAAGAGUAUGGGGUACUGGAAUGACGUUAACUGUGGUGUGGCCCUACCAUCCAUUUGUAAAAGAGGCACUGAUGUUCCUGUUAAUACUACUGCAACACCUACCAUAAUGCCUACGGGAGGAUGUCCCCCAGACUGGAUAACAUUCCAAGGAAAGUGCUACAAGAUCAUCGGGACCACUUCUGGGGAAAAAAAACCCUGGCAAGAAGCUAGGACCUACUGCAUAAGCCUGGGAGGAAAUUUAGUUUCUAUCGUCAAUGAAAAAGAGCAACAUUUCCUGACAACCAGAUUGUUUGGCCUGAAUAUGGACAUGUGGACUGGCCUGAAUGACGUGAACAGUGAAAUGCGCUUCCUGUGGACAGAUGGGAAAGGGGUUUACUUUACCAACUGGGCCAAAGGUCACCCAGUAACUGUGCCCGAAGGCCGCUACAGGUUCAUGGAUGAGGGACUCUACUGGAGUGACCAGCAUGAAGGAUACUAUAUAGACAGCGAGUUUGAUUGUGUGGUAAUGGUGGGAAACUCAGCUGAACAAGCAGGACUCUGGAAGGUUGAAGACUGCCUUGCUUCCAGAGGGUUCAUCUGCAAGAGGAACAUCGAUCCACAGAUUAGUCCUCCGGUAACAACAAUUUCACCCAAGACUUACUACAAGAUUGGCAACAACUCCUACAAGGUGAUGACUCAGAAAAUGAACUGGGACGAAGCCAGGCGGCAGUGCAAGGCAGACGAUGCGGAACUCGCCAGUGUACUCGACGGAGUAACUCAGUCCUUUCUGGCACUGACAAUCCUUAAGCAUAAGGAGCCCAUGUGGAUAGGACUCAACAGCAAUGUGACUAAUGGUUACUUCCACUGGACGGACAACUGGCGGAUGCGUUAUACGAAAUGGGCACCAGGGGAGCCGAUGAACAACCUGGCCUGUGUGUAUAUGGAUGUGGAUGGGAAAUGGAAGACUGGCUCUUGCAGCAGCUCAUAUUACUCUUUAUGCAAGCGCUCUCCAGAUAUUGCACCCACAGAUCCUCCACAACUCCCAGGAAACUGCCCUGAGCCCAAGAAACGAAAGACAUGGGUGCCUUUCAGGGGACACUGCUACACCUUCAUCCACUCCUCAGUGGAGAACUGGGCCCACGCCUCCAUAGAAUGUGUGCGAAUGGGAGCUGCAUUGCUCAGCAUUGAAGAUCCAGUGGAGGCAAAAUUCAUAAAGGACAACCUAGAGCUACUGCAAGAUUCCUCUCAUAACUUUUGGAUUGGCCUGUACAAGAACCUCAAAGGGGAUUGGUUAUGGAUUGACAACAAAGUGGUUGACUACACAAACUGGGACACAGAUGAACCAUCUUCCCAUACAUCUUACCAAGAGGGGUGUGUGGAAAUCUACUCAGACAACACCAGAUGGAACAAUGUGAAUUGCCAGAGGUACAAGUCCUACAUCUGUAAAGCAGAAAAGGUUAUACCACCUACUGGAAAACAUAAUAGAGCUCUAGCUAUUGAGCCACCCCACAGCUAUGCUGGUGUUGUUGUGGCCAUGUUCAUCGUGAUACUGACAGUAGCAGGACUCGCAGCAUUUUUCUACCACAAGAGGAGGCAGCAGCAGCAUGUGCAGGGAGAGUGCACAUUUGACAACAGCCUGUACUUCAACACUGAAACCCGCGUUACCACCGUCGACACCAAGGGCCUGGUGGACCACAUCGAGCAGAACGAACAGCCUGCCAUCUGAUCAUGUCAGGACAAUCUCAUCACCACAGCAACCAGAAAAAAACAACAACUUUCCAUUGAAAAAAAUGUCCAAAUGAACUUUACAUUGCUGUGAGAUUCUUCAGUGAGAUUUUGUCAGGGUGUGGUGAAAAACAACAAUAUCGCAAUAUUUUUUCAAUUUUGUUCUCUACUACCCAAUGCAAAGCUUCAUGGUGAAUAUUUAUACAUUUAAAAUACUUUUUAGUUGUUCAUAAUUACGCAUAAUUGACAAAAUGUUGUGUGAUCUGGAGGUCCCAUUCCCAUCAUACUUGGAAAGUUGUUUUGGGAGUUGCAGAAAGGAAACAAUGUAAUUAAGACAACAUGGUUAUGCACCACAAAUUGCAACUGCUAUACUGUAUGUGUUCAAUGGGAAUUUGCUUCUAGUUAAUAUACACAGGCACAUACACAUGCACACACAUCUGUAUCCACAAACACACGCACAAAAGGGAAAUUAAAUCUUGCUUUUUGCAGUGAGGCAUAAAAUCUGUAGACAUACCUUUGAUCUAAACCGAUAUUACAAAAUAAUUGUUGAAAAUGAACUUCACACUGCUUAUAUAAUCAAAUGUAAGCACUGUUGAGAAUGUAUGUAGUCCUGCUGCUCACUGUAUAACAAGUUUUGUUUUAGUAAUACUCUGCUUUAAUACCAUCAAACCUAUUUUUCAGUACGUUCAAGAAAAUCUUAGGUUUCAACUGCAACUAUAGAAAAAAAUGGGUGAAAAUUGCCUAUUUUAUUAUUCUUUUUUAUUUUGUAUUUGUACAGAUUGAUAUUUUCCUACACGUAAAUGUUGAUAACCUAUUCACCUUUGUGCUUCACUAGCUUGAAACAUUUUCUAAAGAUUUUCUACUCUGUAUGCCAACUGAUCACUAUACAUUUGAGGAGACUUGUAUUUCAUUGAUUGACAGCUGUUUGAUUGUAAAUAAAUGUUUAAAAACAAGAACUGAAAA